UUCGACUUCUGCUCGUCGCAGACCACGGCGAGGACGACUCCUCGACCAGCAUGCUGCCUCUUUCUCUUCGGACAGCCAUUGCGGUCUCAAAGUCACUCUCUCGACGCUCAACUUUGAGUCUCUCGCCCAGCGAAACAAUGUCGCAGGUUAUUAGCCUCUUCUGCAGCAACAAGCACCGCACCCUAUGAACAAGCAUUACAACCUUCGGAGCCAGUGUCCGACGAAAGUCAGCAAGCAACAUUCGCGUCAAUAAAAGAUGCAAUGUCCCCCGGCACAUUCAAAGCUGUCACUGUUCGCCCUUUUCAGUUUUCACAUAUGACCGAAGUCCAGCAAGCAGUGUUGGGUAUGCUCCCCGACCUUGCACUACCUCAUACCCUUGCACAAUCCCCACGCGACGUAAUGGUCCGUGCAAGAACUGGGACCGGAAAAACCCUCGCAUUCUUGGUGCCUGCAAUUGAAGCACGACUCAAAAUGUUGCAGGCUGCAGGUCGGAAAGCUCUCACGGAUAAUGGUCGAGUUAACGAUCCUGCGCUUGAAACACGCGGCAAACGGGUCCUCGCAAGGGAGGAGGUCGGCACUCUCAUUCUUACUCCAACGCGCGAACUUGCAAUUCAGAUUGCCAAUGAAGCCCUCAACCUCACCAAACAUCAUCCUGAUUUUCGCGUUCACGUAUGGAUUGGUGCAACCUCUAGACGCACUCAAAUGCGAGAUUUCAUGACUGGUACGAGGGACAUUAUCGUAGCAACUCCAGGACGUCUACGCGACCUUCUGGAAAGUGAACCAGAUGUCAAAAGAGGUUUGAGCCAUACUCAUCAAGUCAUUUUUGAUGAAGCAGACACUAUGCUUGAAAUUGGCUUCCGGGACGAUAUCGAGGCUAUCAUGUCAUAUCUCCCCCCUACGCCUCAGAGACAAACCUUCCUGUUUUCCGCCACUCUCUCAUCCAAGGUCAGAGAAAUAGCUCAAAAGCAUCUAGCGGCAGGUCACAGCUAUAUUGACUGUAUCAAAGGCCAAGAUUCGCCUGUACACGCAGACAUUCCCCAAUAUCACACAGUCGUACCCUCCGCCUCCCAACAAAUUCCUCAUAUUCUCCGUACCAUCGCACACGACCAACUCGUCAACCCGGGAUCUUCCAAGGUCAUGCUCUUCCUCCCCACCACCAAGAUGACACAGCUUUUCACAACCAUCAUCAAGCAGUUUGGGAGGUCCCUUCUACCUGCUGGGAGAGAGACAACCGUAUACGAGAUCCACUCCAAACGUCCCCAGAGUUCGAGGACUCGCACAUCCGACAUGUUUCGAAAGGACAAAUCCGGGGCCAGCGUGCUCGUCUCAUCCGAUGUCUCUGCUCGUGGUGUUGACUACCCCGGUGUGACUCGGGUCAUACAAGUAGGCAUUCCAGCAACUAGGGAACAGUAUAUCCAUCGUGUUGGAAGAACCGGGCGAGGCUCCAAAGAGGUCAAAGGACGCGGAGAUUUCGUCUUGUUGCCUUGGGAAGUCGGAUUCAUAUCAUGGCAGCUCACAGACAUUCCCAUUAAACCCAUCACAGUCGCGGAAUUGAAAACUCAACUUGCGACCUUGGCAGAAAAACACGAUGAAUCGCCCGGCCACUCUUUGCCUUUAUCUCUUAAGACUUCGAGGAGUUCGAGUUUUUCGACAAUGAACUCCAUCAGAUUUCAGACUCCGUACAAACCUCUCCUUGAUGAGUUUGAUCGGUUGGGCUCUCAGAUUGGAUCUCAGCUGGACGUUGAAGCCGUCCGAGAAACGUUUCUGUCUCUUAUUGGUUAUUAUUUCUCCAAGUCUACUGAACUCCGAGUUAGCAACAACGUCAUCCUAGAAGGUUGUCGACAAUGGACCACCGAUGCUUUGGCGCAAGAGACACCUCCGUAUGUGUCUGAAAUGUUCUUGCAGAGGCUAGGUCUAGAGGAUCGCCGGACGAAGCAGUUUGGACGCGGUGCUAAAAAAUUUGCUCCCACUAGGCGCCAAAAUGUGCCAUCCUGGGAUGGUCGUGGCGUUCAGAAGAAUAAGAAUAGAGAGUGGACGUCAAAGGAAUACGAAACGGGUGUUCGUGGCAAAGAAGCAGAUGGAUAUCGGACAAGACGAUACGAUCAAGACUUCCGUAGACCGAGACAGACAGCUUCCUUACACUGAAGAGACAUUGGAUACAUCUACACUAUCAGCUACUUUUGAGAAAAGUAUCGAUAAUUACCCCGGAAGUACGAUAUCUAUUCUUUUAAUCAAAACCCAGCCGCAAUCCCAUUUUUCCUCGAAUCGCUCGCAGCUAAGUAAAUGUUCGUGUCAGUAUCGCAUCGUAGAAAAAAGUAUAGAAGCAUUGUGCAUACCAUAUAAAACACCAUCUUCG